CCCAGAGAUAUAAGCCACUGGUAAAAGUCAUAUGAUUCAAUGAUGUAACUCUUUCAUCGGUUUUAUAAGCUUUCUAUUUUUCUUUUUUUUUUCUCUCGACUUUACAACACAAUAUAUUAUAGGAAUACGCAAAACUAAUACUUAUCGCCUAUAUUAAACAAAGUAGAGAGACACAAAUGAUGACUCGCCAGAUGCAUGGCUAGCUUGCUGCCUCUAAGCUGCAUACAGCUUUCCCCAGUUAACACUAUAUAGCUCUCUAUAUAAGCCGGCACACUGCGUUCAUCAACACGUGAAAUCGGCGAUUGUUUAUAACAGGUUUUCCUCAUAAAGUCACCGAUUGUUGGCCUCGCGUUCCUGGAGAUCUAUAAACCCCCUACAUCAUUGUUUGCUAAAUCUGACUUCCAUCCAAUUUGCCGAAACGGUUGGGUUUUAUUUCAACAAGGUCCUACUUCGAGAUUUAGGACCAUACAUCAUAUAGACACAGCGAUAGACCACGGACGGACUAAGGAGGAAAACCGGAGCCGGUACACAAAACCCGGAGGGAUUAUCGGAUAUUAGGCGCACGGAUAGUGAAAAGUGACAUUUAUUAGAAUGCUCGUUUUUCUUCUGACUUGUAAGUAACCCCCCAGGAACGUGAGAGAAUGGGGGAUGAAUAUUGAGUACCUGUCUGCUUUUAUCUCCUGUCUCACCUGAACAGCAGAGGAACGGAUGGUAUAUUGCUUGACAGGUAAUGUAGGCAAGGUAUUGUCAAUAAACCCGCGCCACAAUACGAUGUUUAUAUUAAAACGCUGACCUAGCCGUACAUAUAUAUAUAUAUAUAUAUAUAUACAGGUAUGUACACAGAGUGUGUGCGUAUGUGUGUAUGUGUAAUGUACUCGCAUAAGUGAAGAUAUUGUGUCAACAAACUUAACACCUAGUAGUGCGCGUUGGAGAAUCGUCCUGGACUUGUACGGUAAAGUCCCCCUACUGUCAGUAAAUACUUUGACAACGGACUGGCGUGCUUGUGAUUUUAUUUUGUGAUGGACUCCUAACAAAAAUACUCGGGACGAUAUAUAAACAGACGGGAAAUCUCCAACAGAACCAUGUACGGUUUCGUAAACUACGCCCUCGAGCUUUUGGUUGUCCGGAAUUUCGGCGAGGAGACAUGGGAGAAAAUCAAACAGGAAGCUGGUUUGGAAAUGGACGGACACUUCCUCGUCCGGAUGGUAUACGAAGAUGGUUGCACAUAUGAUCUCGUUGGCGCAGCAGUCAAGGUGCUCGACACACCUGCUAAUACAAUUCUGGAGAUGUUCGGCAAGAUGUUCUUCGAAUUCUGUCAGGAAUCAGGGUAUGAUAAGAUUCUGCAAGUCCUUGGUGGAACCACGAAAGAUUUUCUUCAAAACCUAGACGCCCUCCACGACCAUCUUGCUACAAUAUAUCCAGGCAUGCGCGCUCCAUCCUUCCGGUGUACAGAGCGGGAAAGUGACGGUGCUACCAUUCUACACUACUAUUCCGACAGACCGGGUUUGGAGCACAUCGUCAAGGGUAUAGUGAGGACAGUUGCUAAGCAACUACAUCAGGCGGAAGUACAGGUUGAUAUCCUAAAAGAAAAGAGUGAAGAUUGUGAUCACGUGCAGUUUGUUAUUACUGAUGAUGCUUCACAAGACCUGGUCACUAAAGCCGAAUUAAACGAAUUCGAACAUAGUCUUUCUCAUGAAAAGAAGAUUAGCCCAGCUACGUUCAGUCGGGCAUUCCCCUUUCAUAUUUUGUUUGACCGGAAGAUGGAAAUCCAGCAGGUUGGAAGUUCCCUGCUCAGAGUGAUCCCCAACACAACCAAGAAAGGUGUCAAAAUUGACGACCUUUUCGAGAUGGUCCGACCACAUAUGGAUUUUGAAUUCGAUCAUAUUUUGUCUCAUAUCAACACCGUUUUUGUGUUAAGGGUCAAUGAGAACGUGUCAGGAGGAGGACUCUUUGUAGACAAAGAUGAAAACUCACGCAUGCGUCUAAAGGGUCAAAUGAUCUACGUGCCAGAAUCAGACUAUCUGUUGUUCAUGUGUUCACCUAGUGUUGCUAAUCUGGACGACCUUGGAAGGAGGGGACUGUACAUCAGCGAUAUCCCUCUCCAUGAUGCCACUCGAGAUCUGGUGUUGCUUUCCGAGCAGUUCGCCGCCGGGUACAAACUCACUCAGAAGCUGGAAAUUCUCAACGAUCAGCUACAGCAGACGCACAGAGAACUGGAGCACGAAAAGAAGGAAACGGACAGAUUGAUGUACUCAAUACUUCCGGAGUCUGUUGCUCACGAGCUUCGUCACCAACGCCCAGUCCCCGCCAAGAAGUUUGAAAAGGUUACCAUCUUGUUUAGCGGUAUCAAAGGCUUCAACGAGUUUUGCGCCCAACAUUCUGAUGCGAAAGGAGCCGAGCUUAUCGUUCAAUUAUUGAAUAUUGUCUAUAUGAAGUUCGAUGACCUGCUAGGAAACAACCCGGAUGUGUAUAAGGUGGAGACUGUAGGAGACAAAUACAUGGCGGUGAGUGGUCUUCCGGUGCCUUGCAAUGAGCAUGCGCUAUGUAUAUCAAGACUGGCGCUGGCUAUGAUGGAUAUAUCGAAGGAUUUAAUUGAUCCCGACGGAAACAAGAUUGUGACAACUAUCGGUAUUCAUUCUGGAGAAGUGGUUACUGGAGUUAUCGGGAAGCGUAUGCCCAGAUAUUGUUUGUUCGGAAACACUGUGAACCUGACGAGUAGAACGGAAACAACAGGAGAUAAGGGCAGAAUCAACGUGUCCGAAGACGCUCAUAAAUAUUUAACAGAAGACAAAGAUUGCUUCGAUCCUAGCAUAGAGCUGACCUACAAAGGGGAGACGAAAAUGAAGGGCAAACCAACACCGAUGAAAACCUACUUCCUGUCAAGGAAACAAACAACGUGAUGAAAUCCCAUGUCUUUCCUUGAUUUGCAUUUCAAUUAUUUUGUUGAAUUGAAAAAAAAAUAAUUUAUCUGAAAUAGACACUUGAAUUAAUAUGUCAUAAACUAGCAAAUAAAUUACUAGUAACGGUUUUAUGUCACGUGCCCACGUGGUCACUUCAUGUCGUAAAUAUCGCCGUCAAGGUAACCAAGUUAUUGAAGUCACUGUAUUUACAUGUAUUUAAAAGGAAAUGAACAUAUCGCUUUUCUUUCUGUCAUGAUACCCGCAUGCCGAGAUAUCCAUCUGAUGGUUUCAGUUUAAAUGGGACCAUGCUCCAUGUUGCAAGGCUUUGCUCCAUUUGUAUCUGUCCUGAUAGCGUUGGCUUUGAUUAAUUAUUUAACUUGAUCGUUUCCCGUUGUUUUUUCUUAGUUCCAAUAUAGAAAAGCAUUACGUCAAACACAAUAGGAGAAGAUUCGAUCAUGUUUGAAUGUGUCUCCGGAUAUUUUCUCAAUGUUGUCUUCGCAUGGAGAUCACGAUCUGGUCUUUAUAGCAUUCUCUCAUUACAUAAAGGUCUUGUCAAAUGCACAAGUUUGUUUCCGUAGGAGCCAUACAGGAGAAUAGAAUUUAGAAGAGGACGUAUUUGCCUUAUCAAGAAAUAAUGUCUUUUAUCUAAAGUGACACAACAACGUCACAGUACGAAAGGAGAGAUCGAGCCAGAUUUACGUCAAAAUGGAUUAGAUAAAAGAGCAUUGAACAAGUAUUUCUGAAAACAUCUUCGAUUUGCAAUAGGCAAUGUCACUAGAGUCAUAUCGGUCCAGAAUGUCAUUGGAUAGGACAACCAAUUGUUAAGGUUAGUCUCCAAGCGAAACGUGAGUGUAAUGAUCUGUCGUAUUUUUUUCUGUUCUCUGCUAGGCUUUCCUUCAUAAAGGUGUAUUGCGAAGCGGAUUGUGAAGCGUUUUGCCUUCUUGAAAAACGAUAAUAGCACUACGGUAAAGUCUGAGCGGAAGAACUUCAAAGUAACUUUAUAAAGACACGUGUAUUAUGUUGAUAGGUAUAUGUAUGUAUUUCUAAUGUGUUAGUUAAAGGUCACGAGAAACGCUUUCGUCAGUGAUUUUACAAUCACCAUUUACAUUGUGGUCCAAUCAUGUUUAGUACAAAGAACCCAUAUAUUCCGAGUCUGUUCAGUUUAACGACAAAGAAGCCGAAACUUUUAAAUUUAACUUCUUCCGAAAUCAUUUAAGUUGAAUAUUUAAACAAUGUGAAUAAGUAAACAACGCAGAUAUAUGAACACAACAAAACGUCAGUGUUGUUUUCAGUUUUGAUUUUAGACACACCACACGAUUUGUAAAAUUACAAAUAACAAUUCUUUCCAGCUAACAAGGAUUUGACAUUCGGUUUCCGAAACUGAACUUAGAAUGUAUUACAGAGGUUUAAGUUGUAACUGUAUAAAUUAUGUUAGUGCUUAACUGUGAUAUCUUUGAUUAGUAUAUAUACUCAGUAAUACUGGUUUUAGAGGGUCCAACACGUAGUGUUUGCUCAUGUUUACACUUUUUAUUUAUUUGCUUUUUUUACGGUUCAUUGACGGAGUUCAUAAAGAACCAGGAGGUAGAAGCUUUGGUAAGCGAAAGGGCUAGAAGAAGGACACAGCAUUUAAUCAAUUUGUAAUAGAAAGAAUAUCGAAUAUCGAUACCAAUUAUUCAGAAAAAAGAAUCUUUGAUUAUUUUGUUUUUGUCACUUUUUUCAAAGAAAAAAAGGAAAAAGAAAAAAACCCCAUAUAAAAAGACAAAAAGUGUUCUGUUGUAAAUGAUACCAAUAAAACCCGAGGGGUUCCGUAUUGUCAUGACGGAAUUUAAGCAGAAAUGUCACUACUAAUUAUGUAUCAAUUAGUCAUGAUACCACGACCCUCUGAUUUAUUUAUUUAUGUAAAGAUGUCAAUGAUCAUAUUAACUUAUUUAUAUCAACUUAUUUAUCAAUUUACUGA